UCCUCGUCUAAGCUGCAAAUUAGGUUUAUUCUCUCAAGCUAGCUCGUUCUCCUCUAUCUUACUGCAGCUGCAGAAUUGUGAGGUUAAAGGGACAGCAAAGAUCGUCGCUGCCCACCUUGACUGAGCUGUGCUUAGUCUUGGCCCUCGUUUUACUCUUAUUCUUUACUGUAGAUACAUAUAUACCUUUUUGUAACGUCUUUGAAGCACUAUCAAUCGAUUCCAAUGGCGCCCAAAACCUCAAAGGCCGAUAAGAAGAUCGCUUACGAUCACAAACUUUGCCAGCUUCUCGAUGAUUAUUCUCAGGUUCUCAUUACCGCGGCUGACAACGUUGGGUCAAAUCAGCUGCAGCAGAUUAGGAAAGGUCUGCGUGGUGAUUCGAUCGUUCUAAUGGGAAAAAAUACGAUGAUGAAGCGGUCUAUCAGGAUUCAUUCUGAGAAGACAGGCAACACUGCUUAUCUCAAUCUUAUACCUUUGCUUGUGGGUAACGUUGGUUUGAUUUUCACUAAGGGCGAUCUGAAGGAAGUUAGCGAAGAAGUCGCCAAAUACAAGGUUGGAGCUCCUGCUCGUGUUGGUCUUGUGGCUCCAGUGGAUGUUGUUGUGCCUCCAGGCAACACAGGGUUGGAUCCUUCUCAGACUUCUUUUUUCCAGGUUCUCAACAUUCCUACAAAAAUUAACAAGGGAACUGUUGAAAUCAUCACCCCCGUGGAGCUGAUCAAGAAAGGCGAGAAAGUGGGUUCUUCUGAGGCUGCACUUCUUGCAAAGCUUGGGAUUAGGCCAUUCUCUUACGGUCUUGUGGUUAUCACUGUUUAUGAUAAUGGGUCAGUCUUCAGUCCAGAGGUGCUUGAUCUGACCGAAGAAGAUCUCAUUGAGAAAUUUGCCACUGGAGUUUCUUUGGUGACUUCGCUUGCUCUUGCCAUUUCUUACCCAACCCUUGCUGCUGUUCCCCACAUGUUUAUCAAUGCAUAUAAGAAUGUUUUGGCAGUUGCUGUUGCCACCGAUUACUCUUUCCCACAGGCUGAUAAAGUCAAGGAGUAUCUCGAGGAUCCUAGCAAGUUUGCGGUUGCUUCUGGCCCUGUUGCAGCAGCGGCCUCAUUUGGGUCUUCGGCCGCAGCCGAAGCUCCCAAGGAAGAGAAGAAAGAAGAGCCUGCAGAGGAGUCUGACGAUGAUAUGGGCUUCAGCUUGUUUGACUGAUCCGAAAAGUCGUCUUAUUAUUAUUAUAUGUUUGAGUUUUGUUGGAAAACGAUUAUGUGUUUCAUUACAAUAUUGUUACGUGCUUUUGUUUUUUUUGGGUUUAGUUUGUCAGCAAACUUUAUUCUUGAUGGAUUUUAAGAUUUAUUUAACUUCUA